AAAUUAGAGCGACGGAGUAUAUAGAACGAGAGUGACCGUGUUGGUCAGUUUCUGAAGCCAAUAAAUCGACGCUUCACUUGACUACUAGCCCCAAUUCCCAAACCUCAGAAAAUCAAUGGCGAAGAGUCUCAGGAACUGGGUGGAACUCCCGCCGGAGCUGACGUCAUCCAUUCUCGUGCGAUUAGGUGCCGUUGAAGUGCUGAUGAGUGCUCGGAAAGUGUGUAAAAAAUGGCGUCAAAUCUGCUCCGACCCGGAAAUGUGGCGGGUCGUGGAUAUAAGAUAUUCGGAUUGUGAAAGAUCGCCCCAAUUAUUCAAACACGUGUUUAAGAAAGCAGUGGAGUUGAGUUGUGGACAAUUGCUUCAUCUUCAUCUCCAGAUUUCGGGCGACCAUCUUCUGCUCCCUUGUGUCUUUGAUAGAUUGAUUCAGCUGAGAUAUCUGUAUCUUUCAUGUUCCUCGAAAAUUAUGAGCGAAGGGUUGAGCAAAAUGCUUGAAAGACUUCCCCUGUUGGAGGAACUUCACCUUGACUGCGGUUGCAACAUUAAGAAAGCUAUUGAAAUUGCAGGGCGUUGUUGCCCUCAUCUAAACUCAUUGAAAUUGAUCAACAAAUCAUAUCUAUUCGCAAAAGUGGGGUGUGAUGAAGAUGCUCUAGCUAUCGCAGAAAACAUGCCUGGACUACGCCGUCUGCAGCUCUAUGGACCCAAUAAGAUGACAAGUGACGGCUUGCUUGCAAUUCUUGAUAAUUGUCCUCAUCUCGAAUCUCUUGAUGUGUGCCAUAAUGUUGCCAACAUAAAACCUGAUCUAGUAAGAAGACUAUCUCAGCAGAUUAAGGACCUGAGGCUCUCAUAUGACUCUGUCAAGCGCUGUCGCAUUGAUUUGGAUUAUUUGCAUUUUUUGAAUGAGCAUCUUUCUCCAUCUGCUAUAUCUGCUACCGAUACUGAUGAUUUGAAUACCGUGGAUGAGGAUGAUUGUUCUGGACUAUCUGGUACCAAUACCGUCUCCAAUGACUACAAUGAUAUAUCCUGGCGGAGUGACUGAGAUUCUGACUAAGUUAUAUUUUGUUAUGGUAUGUGAAGCUUUUUCUAAUAAGGGGUUGGAGUUGAAAUUUAUUUACCUGUUUGUAGAUUAACUGCAUGCAUUUUACUGUUCUGAGUAUAGUUUUCUUUUAUAGGCCUUUAAUUUCAUGUUUUAUGGCAUUAUUGGUCGGCUUCAUCUUGGCAGGUGGCUUUGUUGCUGCUUGCUCUGGAGUUUAGAACAUCUGGCCUUAUUUUGUUAUAUGGUUGGCUAAACGUGUCGUUAAUAGUCUCCUGUAGCACGAAAUUAUCAUUCGAUGCAGAAGGAAGUUGAUGAUGCUUUGUUGAAAUGCCAGAAUGUAGGCAUCUACUACUUGUUCUGUUUUUAGCGCUGGAACUAUAUGUGGAUGAUAAAUAUUGUUGAAUGUUGACUAUUGUUGGGAGUUGUUUAUAAUUCUAGUAUUCUUAGUUUUCUCCAA